CGGAUAUAAAGACCAGGAUUUCCGCUUUCGCUCCUUUCCGGCGGUGACAGCCUCCCCACGAGAUCAUGCCUCUGGCGAAAGACCUUCUCCAUCCCUCUCCUGAAGAGGAGAAGCGGAAGCACAAGAAGAAGCGCCUGGUGCAGAGCCCCAACUCUUACUUCAUGGAUGUCAAGUGCCCAGGAUGCUAUAAGAUCACCACCGUCUUUAGCCAUGCACAAACGGUAGUUUUGUGCGUUGGCUGUUCCACUGUCCUCUGCCAGCCUACAGGAGGAAAAGCAAGGCUUACAGAAGGAUGCUCCUUCAGACGGAAGCAGCACUGAAAGCACCCUGAACCAAGAUCAGCGGGAAAUCAUCCCAAUAAAAAGACAUUUUGGGUACAUCCUGUUUAUUGUCUUGCUUACUGCUAGGAAGUUUCCACCUCAAAUAUUGAGGGCAAUGAGAAGAGUGGACUGAUUUGAUUGCUUGAGUCAUUGGAGGCAAGUAAGUGGUCAAGUACUUGAAGUUAAUUUCAGACACUUGUAGCCAGGUAGGCACACUAAACUUGAAAUAAACUAAAUCUUCCAAGCUUGAAAAAUCUGAAGCACUUAUAAAUAACGUAUUUGCUUGA